AUGGCAACAUUUACUAAUGAACUCCAAGAAACUCGCUUUAAAAGAGAGCUUGAACUUCUCGAAGAUCUCAAAAACACCUUCACCAUUACAGCUAAAAAGUCAAGCCUAGGCUACACAGUCCAAAUCUCAAUGGAAAAUCAAUCUUUUUUCGGCUUCGACUCGAAAUCUCUUGUCUUUGAAAUUCAUCUUCAUGGGAAAUUUCCUUUGCAGCAGCCUAAAGUCAUGCUGGAGACAGUUAUAGGUUUUCCUUCAAUAGCAGAUGGAAGAGAUUUGCUUGAGGAUAUUAUUCGGAGAAAAUGAGACUCCAGCAUUACAGCGUAUGAAAUUAUUAAUUUACUCGUAAAUUUUAUAUCAUCAAGCCAAAACCAGAUAAGUUUGAUAGGGAAAUAUCAUUUACUCCCCCCCCCUCCGUGAGUGAACAAAAAAAUUUUGUUCACUCACGGAGGGGGUUUAAUUUUUUUUUUUUUAAAAAAAUCCUAAUUUGCAAAAAUUUGAAAGCAAAUAUUAAUUUAAUUUAUAAAAUUUAUGUUUUAAAAUGCAAUUUGUUUAAAAUUAAACAGAAUUAGCUCUAGAUUUCAUUAUAUUAAUUAUCAUUUAUAUAUCAAAAUUUUGUUUCCAUAAAAAAUUUUUCUAUUAAAAAAAUUUUUGUUAACUCACAGAUGGUGGGUUUUUGGGCAAAAAAUAGCGAUUUUUCUAAUGGUUUUGUUCGCGGAGGGGGGGGAGUUAGGGCACCCUUAUUUUCUCGAUUCCUGGGAAGUUAAAGAAAGCAUGGGUGCUUUCCCAUGCAUUGAAGUAGAUCCUUUAAAUCCAAAAUUUAAUAGAGAACGAGCUAUUGUGAUUACUCAUACAAUGGUACUACAAUUUGAUAUCAACCCACAUCUGAAUAAUGUAGGACAUCUGAUUUUCUGGGCAACUUUACAGUCAAUUGAAGCUAUAUCAAAGUCAAAAAUUGACCCUGACAGGCUGAAUAUUCAAUGAAAAAGAUGUGGGAAAAUUCAAGGGUUCUGCCAACAGUUCAGGGUGUUUAAAUCAAAAGAAUUAGUUGAGUUAAUAUUAUCAAAUGUAGAAAAACUGGGGGUUUCGAUAAAAAAAGAAAAACCAAAAACACCAACUUUGCAGGAAGAAGAUGUCAAUGUUAAUUCAUUAGAAAGGAUAAAUGUAAAAGAAAUCCUAGAAAAAAUCAAUGAGACUGAAAAAGAUAUAGAAAAUGGAAUCUAUAAAGACAAAAUUAACUCAUUGAUAAGCUUAUACCAACAGGCCACUGAAUAUUUUUCGGCACUUACUCCCCCCCCUCCGUGAGUGAACAAAAAUUUUUUUGUUCACUCACGGAGGGGGGUUAAUUUUUUUUUUUUAAAAAAAAAUUUAUAUAUAAAUUUUAUAAAAAAUAUUUUUUUUCGAAAUUUAAAAAAAUCCUAAUUCACAAAAAUUUGAAAGCAAAUAUUAAUAAAUUUAUGUUUUAAAAAGCAAUUCGUUUAAAAUUAAACAGAAUUAGCGCUAGAUUUCAUUAUACUAAUUAUCACUUAUAUAUCAAAAUUUUUUUCUAUAAAAAAUUUUUCUAUUAAAAAAAUUUUUGUUCAUUCACAGAGGGUGGGUUUUUUGGGCAAAAAAUAGCGAUUUUUCUAAUGGUUUUGUUCACUCACGGAGGGGGGGGAGUUAAUGAUCCUCAGUUUGAUAUUUAUUUGCAAAAAAUGCUGGCUUUAUUUAAAAAUGAGCAGUAUAUGAAAAUAUUGAGGGAAGAUGAGGAAGUGGAAAAGAAAGAAGAAAAUAGUGAAAAAGAUGAAGAAGUUAAAGAGCAAGUAGGUGAUAGCUCAAAUGAGGAUUUGAUUAAGCAAGAAAAUAGCAAAAAUAAUGAAGAUUAGAUUAAAAGCAUAGCGGUUCUAAAUGGGAUUAUUUCAGCCCCUCACCGUCUCACGGAUACUUCUCGUGGCAUUAAGCAUUAUCCUCACACCUCCCCUUUACUCCUGACAUCACCAAAAAUUUGGUAACAUAGAUGAUUUCGCGGGGGAGAUCACUCUACCCGUCUCCUUGGCCCUGGAAAACGAUAUAGACUCCCUGAACCUUCGGCAGGGCUCGGGUCUGGUCGAUCACCUUUGCCUCCUCUAUAAAAUUUCUGAGCUGCAUACAGACCGGUAAUGAUCCCAUAGAGUACAGAGGGCCAUCGCUCCUUCAAGCCAGGAAAAAAGGUUGAGUGUCAGCCUUUGGACCAAAAAAACUAACCCGGCAAACUUCCACAAUGCAGCUCCUCUUUUCUAGUCUGUACACCAGAAGCCACAUCAGAUCACUUUCUUUACUAAUUUUAAAGAAUAAAGAAGAAACAGAUGCAAAUGAAGUAAUUAAUGAAGAAAAAUCUGAAAAGGAAACUGCAGAAGCAUUAAAUAAAGACCUUGAGAGUGUAUCUCAACAAGAAGUAACAGAAACUAUGGAAGCUCCUCAAGAAUUCUCACCACAAGUAAUUGAAGCAGAUUUGCAGAAUGGAAAUGUCGAUAGCAUAUUGGAAGAUGUAAUAAAGGCUACUGAAGCAAUAAUUUUCGAAAAUAUUGAAAUCUCCACAGAUGAAAAUUCCACUAUAAAGAAUCAUAUCAUAUCAUAUUAAUUUAUUAGUCGUUUAACGUCCACUACGGGGUAGCCGUUUCCAGAGCUUUCACCAUAUUUGUCCACGUGUCGGGCCAGAGACCUCUGGAUCGGUCCCUUUUGUUCACCAGGGCACAGGCAAACAAGGCGUUCCGGCUUCGACGGGCUUCGCUGUCGCCACGGCUUUAUUUCGACUCAGCUCCUGCGCGUGUUCCGCCUGAGGGUACAUCUCCCUUGGGAUGUGCUGAGGGGUAGAAACUCCAGAUCUUGAGCGCACUGAGGAGCAGUUCCUCUGGUUAUACCCGAAGUUAAACCGCUAUUGCUGUGCAGAAGUUCUUGAGAUGAAAACCCAACCCUAUAAAUAAAAUUGCUUGAGAGAGAGAAAGUUAGCAGAGCUAACUUCGCUCGAGCGAAAGCCAUUUUAUUUAUCCACUAUAAAGAAUCAAAAUGAGCUUAUAAUAGAUGCAAGUUUGGAAUCUCUUCAUGAAACUUUAAGCGAAGAAACUAAAGAAAAAAUUUUAAUUGAAGAAAAUAAGGAAAGUAAUUUAGCUGAGGAAAGCGAAGAAAGCAAUUUUAUUGAGACUGAAAUUAUUUCUGCUGAACCAGAGAACAGCUUAACAGAGCCAGAAAAUAAUGUAAUUGAACCAGAUAAACUAGAUAAUGUACAAAACCUAGAGCAAGAAGAGUAUAAGCUGCAAAGCAUAAAUAUUAAAAGCAUAACUUAUUAUGCUGAAGAUAACAGAAUUUAG